GGAGCUGGAGAAGACACUACAAGGGUCGGGGUUAGGAACCAGACAAAGGAGCAAGUGCCUGGAGCCCUCAAGAAAGGUUCCCAUUGAGCAGGGUCCCUACCACCUCUACCUUGAGGGCAGAGGCUGUCCAGGAGGCCAAAGAAAAUAGCCUAGUGAGAGACAGUCCUGUGUUGAUGCUCUCAGAAGCUGUCUCCAGGGGACCGCUAACAGGCUCAUUUCCUCUAUGCUGAGCUCCAGGUGGAAAGAGAGGCCACAGCUCUCUGCAUUCUCCCAGCCAUGGGGCCCAGAAUAGGUGAGGGGCCCCAUAUGCCAGACAGAGACAACAAGACCGCGAUGGGCACAGAAGACAUGCACGAAAGCAAAGUCAGCAUGGAGUCUCAGGACGCACUUCAGGAUGCACAGCCUCCACGACUCUUCCAUAGCAUCAAGUUCUUCGUCUUGUGUCACAGUAUACUGCAGCUGGCGCAGCUCAUGAUCUCUGGUUACCUCAAAAGUUCCAUCUCCACUGUGGAAAAGCGCUUUGGACUGUCCAGUCAGACCUCAGGGCUGCUAGCUGCCUUCAACGAGGUAGGGAGCGUAUCCUUGAUCUUGUUCGUGAGUUACUUUGGCAGCCGAGUUCACAGGCCCCGGAUGAUUGGCUGUGGGGCUAUCCUGGUGGCCCUGGCAGGCCUGCUCAUGGCACUCCCGCACUUCCUCUCGGAACCAUACCGCUAUGACAACGCUGAUUAUAAAUCGCAGGACACGGAAGCUUCCCUAUGCCUACCCACAACUGUGGCUCCAGCCUCUACCCCCUCCAAUGACAGUUGUUCCAGACGCACAGAAGCCAAGCAUCUUACUAUGGUGGGGAUCAUGUUCACAGCGCAGACCCUACUCGGCAUAGGUGGUGUGCCCAUACAGCCCUUUGGUAUCUCCUACAUUGAUGACUUUGCCCACCACAGCAACUCACCUCUCUACCUUGGGAUCCUGUUUGCAGCGACCACGAUUGGGCCUGGCAUGGCCUAUGGGCUGGGCAGCCUCAUGCUGCGCCUUUAUGUGGACAUUGACCGGAUGCCAGAAGGAGGUAUCAACUUGACCCCCAAAGACCCCCGAUGGGUAGGCGCCUGGUGGCUGGGCUUCCUCAUCUCUGCUGGAUUGGUGGUACUGGCUGCCAUCCCCUACUUCUUCUUCCCCAGGGAAAUGCCCAAGGAGAAACAUGAGCUUCACUUAAGGCGCAAGGUCUUGACUGGUGCAGCCUCCAGAGUCAGCAAGGGUGAGGAGCUCGCCUCUCAACAUGAGCCCUUAAAGAAAGAGACUGGAUUGCCCCAGAUUGCCCCGGAUUUGACUGUGGUCCAAUUUAUCAAAGUCUUCCCCAGGGUGCUGCUGAGGAUGCUGCGCCACCCCAUCUUCUUGCUGGUCGUCCUGUCCCAGGUGUGCAUCUCAUCCAUGGUGGCAGGCAUGGCCACCUUCCUGCCUAAGUUCCUGGAGCGGCAGUUUUCCGUCACAGCCUCCUUUGCCAACCUGCUCCUUGGCACCCUCGCUAUCCCCUUGGCCAUUGUGGGCAUCGUGCUAGGAGGUGUCUUAGUCAAGCGGCUCCAUCUGAACCCCAUGCAGUGCAGCGUCCUCUGCCUGCUGGGGUCGCUGUUGUGCAUUGUGCUCAGCUUGCCACUCUUCUUCAUCGGCUGCUCUACUCAUCAGAUUGCAGGCAUCACCCAGAACCUGGGUGCCCAGACAGAGCCAAGACUGUUUCCUGGCUGUGCAGAACCCUGUUCCUGCCAAUCGGAUGACUUUAACCCUGUUUGCGACACCAGUGCCCACGUGGAAUACAUCACACCCUGCCAUGCGGGAUGCACCGGUCAUGUGGUCCAGGAGGCUCUGGGCAAAAGCCAGGUUUUCUACACCAACUGCAGCUGUGUGGAAGGAGGUGGCUCCGUGCCUGCAGGUUCCUGCGAGUCGGUGUGCGGCAACCUGGUGCUGCCCUUCAUUCUCCUGACCAGCCUGGGAGCGAUGGUGGCCAGCGUCACCCACACACCUUCCUUCAUGCUCAUUCUAAGAGGAGUGAAGAAGGAAGAUAAGAUCCUGGCCGUGGGGAUGCAGUUCAUGCUCCUGAGAGUACUGGCCUGGAUGCCCAGUCCUGUGAUCCAUGGUAGUGCCAUCGAUACCACCUGUGUGCACUGGGCCCUGAGCUGCGGGCGACGAGCCGUCUGCCGCUACUAUGACCAUGACCUGCUACGAACCCGGUUCAUCGGCCUCCAGUUCUUCUUCAAAAGUGGGUCCCUGGUGUGCUUUGCCUUAGUUGUGGCCAUCUUGAGGCAGCAAAACAAAGAGACCAGCGUCAAGGCCACUGUGAAGAGCGUUGACCUACAGCAAUUGUAAGCACCAGAACCAGAGCAGAAACCCAAGGAUCCAGGAGGUCAACAGUUCCAACCCCACCCUGGCCAGGCAUGGCAGGCACAGCCAUGCAUCAUCUGAGCCCUUUGCCCAAGAUGGGCGUCAGAAGUGCCAUGCUCCAAUGCUGGUUCCUCCACUAAACCGUGAAGUGACUUUGAACAAGCUUCUAACUUUGCUUGCUCUUUGGAACCAAGGAGUUGUGUUGUGCUGGCCAUUGCUCCCCCAGCCAGAUGACCAACCAGGAACUAAGCCUUGUUGGUGAGAACGAACUGUUCGGCAUCCCCCCCCCCAUCCCCAUUCUAGGAUAGGGAGGUGCCCCAGCUCUGCCACUCAUGAAGCUCCUCUCCAAGCUUAAGUAGGAGAGGAUUCUGGCUCUCGGGAUCCAGCUGUGCACAUCUGUGAAGGCCUCCUCCCCAAGCCCAGGCUGCCUUCAAGAAGUGUCUAUUUGGCGCCCCCUGGAGGCAGAUUCCAGAGACGAGAUUAAGAAGAGCCCAAGAACAAGGAGAAGGAUACGUACCACAUUUGAUGAGGCAUGUAGGCAAGAACCUUAGCUGGGGUGGGAAAAGAGCUCUUUCAUUCAGACUUUGCAGCUUUUGUCUUUAGGGAGCCACAGUUGGUGAAAGGAAGAAACUCCAUCCUUUCCUUUAGAGGUCUUGUAACUUCAGAGACCAGUUUAUAUUCAGAGUUGCUCCUACUGAGUGGGCAUUGUCAGGAUCUCACACACUGAUCAGGGGCUACCAAAGUCACUGUGGCUUUGGGGAACAGAAUCCUAGACCACAUCCCUGGGGAUUUGUAGCUAAUACCUGAUUCUGUGAUAGCCAAGUCGGGUUAACCUCUUGUUCUCUGAGAUCAGUGCGAGGUCUAGGGGCAGAGCCCAGCUCUGCACAGUGAGCUAUGGUGCAGCACUCUUGAGUCAGAAUCCCUGGAAUCCCCAAUUCUUUUCCAAGUUAGGCUUGGUCUGGCUUUCUGACCAGUCUUAUCUGUCCUAGUUGCUUCCAGGCAGUAGAAGGACAAGCCCUGAUCUGCUCCCAGCCCAGUUUAUUGACACCACACUGCCCCCACCAUGUGGCCAUGAAGAGAGGGGAAAAGGAGCUAGCAGUAGCCCCUACCCUUGUGCCUAGCUCUUAGCUGGAGGACAAGGUACUUGUCGCCUGUGCAGAAGGGACUAUAGAAGCCCUCAUCUGUGACCAAGCAUUGGGAGACAAGAAGAUCAGGAGUUCAAGGCCAUUCUCAGCUACAUAGUGAGUUUGAGUCUAACCUGGGCUACAUGAGAAUGUCUCAAAAAAAUCCAAAAGGAAUAAAGAGAAGAAGAGAAGAGAAGAAGAGAAAAGGGAGGAGGAGGAGAAGAGAAAGAAGAAGAGCCUAGUCACUAUUUUAUCCUGCAGUUGAGUGUUUAACCAGUAUCUGAGCCUACACUAAUCAGUGCCAAGGAUUUUGAAGUCUCUGCCACCAAGACAAGUCUGUUAGCAGGUUUUCAUUCUGUUGUUUCUCCUGCUCCCCGGGUCGUACAGGAAUAAUCUGGCCAUAUACAUACAGCUUAUUAUUAAAUUUGUCUUCGCAGA